CGACACACACACACACACACAGAGUGAGAGCGAGAGCGAGAGCGAGAGAGAGAGAGAGAGAGAGAGAGAGAGAGAGAGGGAGAGAGAGAGAGAGAGAGAUGGCGGAUGCUCAGAUCGGAGGUGACGUGCUGGCGCACAUGGCGAUGGUUGGUCGCGGACGAGGACGACGAGGUCGGGGUACCCAAGAACAUUUCGAUGUUCCCUUGCGCCGUGGAGGAGCAAUACGUAAUAGACCUGGGCGACAGAGGAUUGCUGGAGCUGGAGGAAAUGCUGGUCUGCAGGCGGGUGGUGUGAAGGACGCCGACGACAUCCGGGCAAUGUGGUCGGAACCUGCGCGAUAUGUGGAAGAAGCAGUGCGGUUCGUCGGCCCUGAGGAUCGUGUUGAUGAAUUCCUUCAAUUGCUGGUUGGCAACCCGCAUUUGAACGUGAAGCGGAACCAGUAUACGGGGUAUGUGGGGUUCGCUCAUUUAUGCGGAUACGGCGCGCGACAAAGACUACCAGAUACAUUUAAGACUGCGAUGCGCAUGCGGUGGCCCAAUCCACCAAAUGAGCCUUACGUGUACUUUGUUCCUAACCCGCAGUCCCCGCUUGAGAACAGCGAGCCACGAUAGGGUUGAUACAUGAACGCGAAACGGAGGAACAAAGAUAACUCGUAUAU